AUGCAUCGAUUAGGCGUGGCAGGCAGUGCUCACUUCAAUCACGCCGGGGGAGGUGGGAACUACCAAUGUCUGCCCGCAGUCCCGCAGUGGGGCAGGUUCAAAUAUGGAUUCCAGUCAGGCAGUUACAUGUAUGGAGUGGAAUACGAAGUCAAUGUAUUCAACCCGUUCCUGUCGAGUCAUCUAUCAGGCAAGCAGUUACAUGAUCAGAACGCUGUGUGCGCAGUGUGCCGUGUACCCGAUCGUGCCAGCGAACAAAUGAUCCCUGCCUGGAACACAUGCCCUCCGAGUUGGUCACUAGAAUACCAUGGCUACCUCAUGUCGUCGCACAACCAGCUAAAGGGUCGGUCAAACUUUGUGUGCGUGGAUGAGGAUCCAGAGGCGAAUCCGUCGGGAGAUGGAAACGAGAACGGAGGUCUGUGGUACCCCGUGGAGGUUAAAUGCGGGUCACUGCCAUGUCCAAACUACGUGAAUGGACGGGAGAUCACCUGUGCUGUCUGCACUAAGUAGUGCACAUAUAUCACUCACUGUAUCAUUCGUAACUCGGCUUGACGAUCUGGAUUAAUACGUACCGAUUAAGAUAAUCGACUCAGUAGAUUAGAAAAUAGGAUGCAAAUACGGACUACCUUCCAAAUACAUAAUAUUAUCGAAAUUAUCAAGAGCGUAUUAAGUUAGGUUAUUAUACUUAAUACGCUCUUGAAAUUAUCUAUUGCAGAAAAUCAUGUAAUUCCUUAUGCGAUUAGUUAUUUUGGUUAUGGUCAACCCGAUAAAUUUUCCGUAUGCAAUUCUUAUUGACAAUUAAACAUUCCCUAUUCACAUUAUUCUCAGACAAUAUUCAUUAUGCGUGCAUGGGUAUCGGCUGAAGAAACCAAGUAAGUGGUUUGCUCGAUGUGUGUGUUACAAGUUCGCGGUUUCCACACGUAUUGAUGCAUGAGCAUUACUUAGUAGUUAGCAGCACAGAGUUCUUAGCUGACACCUGCUAGUUUAGGCAAUAGCCGCAAUACUAACUAAUUUGGUGUGUGCGUAUGCCUGUGUGAUGCGUACACGAGUGAGAAACACGGAUAAACUGGUCUGGCUUGACCGAACAAGCAACAAUAUUUGAGCAGGACGUGAUAUUGACUUUGAUUGAUAGGUCAAUGAUUGAUAACAUAAGACUAUGUCAUUGCGUGCACUCAGUAUCAAUUCAUUUCAUUAAACAUUUAGUGCAAGGCAUAAAGAAAAACGAUAACAACCGGCAUGUUACUUACCACGAUAAUAUUAAAUAACCAAUGAUAUGCAUGUUACCACGAUAAUAUUAAAGCAACUACAAAACGCAACUGCCGAGUGUCGACAGCUAAUGAGAUAUUUAACAAUUCAUUCUUCUAUAGUGCCUUGAUUUGUUUUACAUGGUAGCACUACCAUUAAACGCAGCUUAAUAGUAAUUAAGUCAAACAUAUAUGUCCCUACAUGGGAGUCAAUAAGUUACUAAAAAACAAUUUAUUUAUCCAAGAAAAUUAUCAACUACUUAAAUUUCAGUGUACAUCAGAUUUUUCUGCUGUUUAAUUUCAAUUGUGACUGGAAAUAAUUGUGACUGCUGUGAAAUAAAUGGGAUUCUUUAAUUGAAA